AUGAAGGAAAGAAGUUGUAUAGGACGACUGUAUACUGGAGGUCUCGUUAUCACAAAGGGAUUGGUACUUGAAAGAAGACCCGAACCGCUACACAUUGAGCGGAGUCCUGAGUCCAAGUAUCUAAAUGAGGAGACCAGUAAGAGAGGAAAAGGUAGAAAAAAGCCGUACCUAACGAUACUCGUAACGACAAAAGGUGGCUUAUACUACCUACGCUAA